CAAAGAUUGUGAAUUUGUGAUGAUGGUCUGCAUGUAUAGUACUAUAAUGCCAAUACAAAAUGACCUAUAUGACCUCGAAUGUCAGAAAAACCCAGCAGCUCAGAAAUCAGAACCAAAGCUUUCAACAUUCCCCAGGUCAUUGCCAUUUUUAGAUUCGCUUACAAUUUCCUUGUCAUAGGUGAACAACUAUUUCCCGCCAAAAAGCUUCUCACCCGCCCCCAUAUAUCACAGUCCCUCUUUUUACUGCCCCCCAUACUCUCACUCCACCACAAAGCAAGAGAGAGAGAGAGAGAGAUGAGGGGGACAUCCAAGGUGAUUAUGGGGGCAACCCUGGUAAUGGUGGUGAGCCUUGCCAUAGUGCUAGGCCUAAUCUUGGUGCUGCUAGCUGAGCUCUACUGUUCUCUCUUACUCCGCCGGCGUCAACUCAGAAACACCACCUCCGACACCCCCACCGCCACUGUGAUCUCCACUGCCACCGCCACCAACACUUCCUCUUCUCAGCCCUCGCAAUCCAAAGACGAAUCAUCUACUCCCCCUCACAGUAGCUUCUACUCCCAAGGGGUUCUUCACGCUCCAAGAAGCUUACUCUUCCCUGCAUUUUCCAGCAUUGAAAACGAGGGAGAAACAAAGAAGCUGCAUUCUCAGCUUCAUCAUAUUGUUGACGUCCAAACCCAAGAGUCAAACGCAAGCCCUCGCCAAAUUGGACUUGUCUCUGCUUCUGCUCCGCCAACUCCUUGUAAUGACAAAGCUAGCGGUUGUGGGGAGCAUUUUGUGUACAUUUCUAAUCCCAUUUAUGACAACGAUGCUAUGGCAACCGGGGUGGACAGGGACAGUACUCCAUUCGAAACGCCGGACACGUCGCCUUCGCGAUUAGAAACGGGCGGUUCUUCUUCCGACGAAGACGACGAUGACGUUCCCCAACCAUCAAGCCCAACCACACCUCCUCUGACUCCGAUGAAGAAGCUUCCAGCCGAGGCUUGCUCCGUCUCCCUUAGGAAUACCGGGUCAAUUGGCACUUCAGGGAGUGAUUCCAACAGUUGCAAUGGUCCUUCAUCAUCAUCAUCAAGCUCUCCUUGUACAUCUCCUUCAUGGUGAUGCAUCAUGCUCGUGCAGAGAAAAAGACAGCAGCAGAGGCAGAGCAGAGGGUAAGAGUAGGAACUUUUUUCUCUGCAUGCGUGGUAGGCAAUGGGCAUGGCUCGUCCACCCAAGCCACGCCUCUAAAGGCCAACUAAUUUUCUUUUACUCUUUUCUUUCCCUCUCUACGUAGUACGUACGUUGCAGGAUUGCUCUUUUGUUUUCAUUUGCUUGUAUGGGUGGUUCUUGGAUUCCUUUCUAGUGAUAUAUAUAAACAAUUGUUUUGUUUUUGGAUUUUUGAGAA